AUGACUGUCUCCCAACCGGGCGGUGGCCACGGCCGCCAGCAGAGCCUCUCCAACCUCCAGGCAUCGCACUACGCAUCUCGCAUGAAAUCUCCUCCGGCGCCUCUGACAUCGCAUCCUCAGCCCAGCAACAUCGACGACCGCCAACGACCGCCGCAGCUGUCCCCUAUGCCGCUCUCCCCGCGCUAUGACACGAUCGCAAACGGCCCUCACAUGAUGCUGCGCAGCCCAGUGUCUCCCAUACCUCCGCGAUCGCCCUCGCAGAAUAGCUGGUAUGAGCGGUACGGCCACUUCGAGCAGGAGGCGCCCCAGCCCCAGUUCCAGCCACAGCAGCCCGUGCAUCGGCAUCAUCACGCAGCGCCGGCAUCAGCGACAUAUCCCGUGCGCGACAUGACGACCGGCAGGAGAGGGCCGCCAGAGCCUCUGCGUCUGGAUUCCACAAACGCUGUGAUGACAAAGGCCAUGCGCCCCGAAGUGCGCACGCCAGAGACCCCUGCCGUCGAGAACUUUUCUAGACCCCGGAAGCAGAGCGCCAGUAUUAAGUCGCCCCCUGUCGGCCUAGGUAGCCUGCGGCUGGCUUACCUCCCUCCCUCGGAUCGCAUGCCGGAGAUGACCAGCGUUUCACCUUCUCCCACGCCCUCCUGGCAACGCCCCCAACAGCCUUUCGACUCUUCAAAACCUUCACUCUCAUAUGCCGCCUCUCCAUCUUUCCCCCCUACUGCCGAAUACCAAUACCUCGAAUCGAGCUCUGGCCGCUCCUCCAGGAACGCGAGCGCACAUCCUCAUCCCUCAAUUGCCGGCCAUCGCCCCCAGUUUCUGGCCUACAACAACCGCAUCGAAAGCUCCAUCAGUGCUCCCACGCCCAGUGGGCCAGCUCCGUGGAUGAGCGACGACGAACUGCGAUCCAGCUUCAGGUCCCAGCUUACAUCAUCGUCCAUUCCCGCCACUGCCUUGACUGAACGGAGCAGCGUCUUGACCAAAGACAGUUCUGUUCUGUCGCUCUACGGAGAAUCAGCAGACGCAGACGCAGACGCUGACACUGACGAGCCAAGCUUGGAAGAUGUUAUGGGCAUGUACGAGAGAGGAUUCUGUGACGACGACGACGACGGCAACGACUUUGCAAACGAAGAUUUUGAUUCCAACACCCACACCAACAACGACUACCACCAACUAAAUAACAAUCACCACCACCCCUACGACGAUCAAUACAACAUUGGCUAUAGUUCUGCGUACGAUUCGUACCCGCACGAGCCAGAGCCGGACUCUCUACCAAAGCUACUAGAGGAAGAGCAGGCGCAACAGCCCGAACUAGAGACAGUGCUAGAAUCAGAGCUAGAGCCAACGCACGACCACGACCUCGAGCUUGAGCACGAACCUGAGCACGGGCUCGAGCACGGGCAUUCCACUUUACAUACACAUGAGGAAGAGGUAAUAGACGAAGAAGCAACAGAGGAACCAACGGAGGAAGCAAUAGGGGAAGCAACAGAGGAAGAAUCGGCCGAACUCCAGGACACUGUCCCUGACAACAUGAUUAGUGUCAUGCACCGUCCUGCCACCGCCAGGUCCGAACCGGUACCUGAGCGCAUUCACGAUGACGAGUUUGAUUCCGACCCGGUGCCUCCGGUGCCUGCUCAGCACUCUGCCCUAGAUAUGGAAAUCAGGCAAUCAAAGAUGUUGUUUUCCAGCACUGCAUUCACAUCAACAGUGCCUGCUCUCACCCACGACCAUGAUCUCGACCACGACCCGGAUCACGACCUGGACCAAGACCUAGAGUUUCCCGAAAAUCGCAACUCGUCCAGAACGGCCGAGUCGGGUGUGGACUCAGACGGCAUUCACACAAGAGGCGCCACGCCCAGCCCAGACCCUUCUCGCAUUUCACCUCCCUCUGCGCCUGAAUCUCGAUCGGUAUCCCCCUCAUCGGCGCGUAUCCCAGUCCCUAAGCCGGAGCUACCGGGAGCGCGUGAUCGGUAUGGAUUCAAAAAGGAAAACCAAUUCGUCACUAUAGCCCAGUAUGAUGCUUGGGACAAGGGAUACUCUCAGUACCUCGCUCGCCGGCGCAAGAAGUGGGUUUCCUACCUCAAGGACAGCGCGCUGAUGACCGACCGCCCACAACGUUUCCCAUCUCCGAAUGCCAAGACGAAGCGUUUUGUCCGCAAAGGCAUCCCGCCCGAUUGGAGAGGAGCUGCGUGGUUCUACUACGCAGGCGGCCCUGCUAUUCUGGCCAAGCACGGCGGUCUAUACGACAAGCUGUUGUUGAGACAAGCCAAACAUGUCGACGUUGAGGCCAUCGAGCGUGACCUUCACCGGACGUUUCCCGACAACAUCCAGUUCAAACCUUCGCAAGCCACCGCCGAGAUGCUUGACACCACGACUAGCAGCGAGAGGGCAAGCCAAUCCACAGUCAGAGGCGCGGCUUUGGACGGCAGCGGACCUGGCCCUGUUGGACUACAAGGCGAGCCGCCGCUCAUUGCUUCGCUUCGUCGCGUUCUGCUCGCUUUUGCCGUCUACAACCCUCGCAUCGGAUACUGCCAGAGCCUCAACUUCAUCGCCGGCCUUUUGCUUCUCUUUGUGGACACAGAGGAACAGGCAUUUUGGCUGCUCAACGUCAUCACCCACAUCUAUCUCCCUGGCACGCACGAGAUGAGCCUCGAGGGCUCCAAAGUGGAUCUGGGAGUAUUGAUGACUGAGCUCCGGGAUACGAUGCCUGCGGUGUGGGAUAAGAUUGGAGGGGAGCUCGAUGGCGGCGAGCCGCUGACCAGGCCAAUGACUAGCAAAUCAAUGUCCAUGCGAAAGUCACCGCUGACGCCCUCGCCGCUGACGCUUCGACUGAAGAGGAAGGAACCUCAUUUGGCGCUGUCAUCCGAGCGACUUCCUCCCAUUACUCUCUGCAUGACUGCUUGGUUCAUGAGCUGCUACAUCGGGACACUGCCCAUCGAGACAACGCUUCGUGUCUGGGACGUCUUCUUCUACGAGGGAUCCAAGACGCUUUUCCGAGUUGCCCUGGCCAUCUUCAAGCUGGGAGAAGCCGAAAUCAAGGCGAUUGGAGAUCCGAUGGAAAUGUUUGGCGUGGUCCAGUCUAUGCCCAGGAAGAUGCUAGACGCAAACAAAGUUUUGGAGACUUGCUUCAAGAGGCGCAACGGCUUCAAUCACCUCAGCCAAGAAGUGAUUGAGGAGCGCCGGCAAGAACGACGUGACAAGGCCCAGCAGGAUCUUCUCUUGCGGUCUCGUAGUAAAGCUGCAACGCACCACGGAGCUCAUGGCAGAGACGCCGAAGGGGAGAAAAAGGGCGGUCUUUUUGGACUGAAGAAAUAA